AUGGCUAAAUAUGAGGCAAAAACUUCUUCCUACAAAAUAAUAUCGCUGCUAGGUCAAGGAUUUGAUGGCAAAGCUGAGGUGCAUCUGGCGAAAUAUUUGCCUACAAAUGAAAUGCUGGCAAUUAAAAAGUUUGAUAUGGACAAAAUCAAGGAAGAGGCUCAAUUAGUAGAAAGAGAAAUAAUUUUGACAAGACAGUUACAACAUCCACGUAUAAUAUCAUAUCACUUGGCAUUCGUAAAUGGCCCCUCCGUUUGGGUUAUUAGUUCUUUAAUGGCAUUUGGUUCUUGCAGGGACUUACUUAGUAGAUAUUUUAAUGAUGGUUUACCAGAGAAUGCCAUAAUACUUAUUUUAAGAGAUGUUUUAGAUGCUUUAGAUUAUAUACACAAAAAAGGGUUUAUACACAGGGCUAUAAAAGCCAGCCAUAUUUUAAUAUCGGCUACAGGGAAAGCUUGUUUGACAGGUUUAAGGUAUGCUUGCCCGAUGGUUGUGAAUGGAAAAUGGCAGAAGAGUAUACACUCUUUUCCUGCUAGUACAGCAGGGAAUCUCAACUGGUUGAGUCCUGAGUUACUAGAACAAAACUUACUAGGGUACAAUGAAAAAUCCGACAUUUACAGUGUGGGUAUAACAAUGUGUGAGCUAGCCAAUGGGCAGGAACCAUUCGCUGGAACAACAACAACCUUAAUGCUUACUGAAAAGGUACGGGGAUGUGCCCCACAACUCUUGGACUGUGUAACCUUCCCCCGAGGCUUGGCAUUAGAAAGUUCCGGAGACUGUGACUCAAAGAGCAUAGAAAACCGUAAAUUUAGCGAAGACUUGCACUCGGUGGCAGAACUUUGCAUGCAAAGGGACGCUUACUACAGACCCACAGCCGAGCAACUUUUGACACACCCCUUAUUUAAAUCUCACAAAAAAUCCAUGCCCUUGCCGGAUCUACUUAAACCGGCCCUGCCCAUGAGCGACAGAGUAGCUUACAAUAAAGAUGAUGUGACAAAUUUAGAUACCAUUAAUCGGUUAUCCCAGAUGGAGAUAUACACAUGCGAAUGGGACUUUUAA